GAAACAGAAACAAAAUCUCACAGAAACGGGAAGGCUGAGGCGGCUCCUCCCCCUCCCACCAUAGGGCGGAGAGCAAAGCAACCCAAACAAGCAGACGGGCUUUAUGCGGAAAUGCGCCGAUAAGGAACUCGCCAGCGAAUUCCAUUGUGUGUACUCGGAGAGGUGUUUAGAAACGCUUCCCGCCAGCACGGUGGUAAAGUGUCACUCUAGUCCCUUGAACUCUAUGGCCAUCACCACCCUAGCUAACAUCCUGACCUUACUCCGUGGACAGGCGUAGCUCUUCCUAGGACCGCAAACGAGCAGAUUUGCAGUACCUGCGAGAACUGGCACGCCAGAUACGCCGAGAAGCCGUAACCCAACCCAACACACAUCAUUCUCCUCUCUUCCAUGUUAUCCUCACAACAACCCUAUGAGGUAUACAAAGAGUGUGACUGACCCAAUAUCACCCAGUAAUCUACAGUACAAGUAGAACAGGUACGUUCUGCAUCAUUUUUAGAUCGAGUCUAUGUGCCAGAAGAAAUAUUGCAUAACAUCAUCUGAAUUAAUAGUUUUUAAACUAUCUAAGCAGGAGAAGAUCAGAAGUAUCAUGGCUAUUUGAAAUAAUACAUUUGUACUGGAGUAGUACUGGACUAUGCAGAAUUUUCCUCAACCAUUGAUGUUCAAUCAUUUUAUAAUUCUAAAACAUGAUAAUCCGGCCAUCUAUGAAAAAGUUUUUCCAGUUACACCAUGUUCUCAAGAUUCCAUCUACUGGUUUCAAAUGGGCACCAAAAGGAGGGCUUAUCUUGCAAUCUGUUUCUCAGGACAUAUACCAUAAUUUAGCUUUAGAAGACUGGAUCCAUGAUACUGUGGACUUAGAGAACAGGCAAGUUCUUUUCCUAUGGAGAAAUUCUUCCACUGUUGUGAUAGGCAGACACCAGAAUCCUUGGCAGGAAUGUAAUCUUAAACUCAUGCGGCAGAAUGGAAUAAAACUAGCCAGAAGAAGAAGCGGAGGAGGAACUGUUUACCACGAUCUAGGCAACAUCAAUUUGACUUUCUUUACAAGUAGAAAAAGGUAUGAAAGAAUGGAAAAUUUAAGACUGGUUGUUAAAGCUUUAAAAGCCCUCCGACCACAAUUAGAUGUGCAAGCUACUGCAAGAUGUGACCUCUUGCUAAAUGGGAUUUUUAAAAUCUCAGGCACUGCUGCAAAGCUAGGAAGGACUGUAGCUUACCACCACUGCACCUUGCUCUGUAAUACUGACAAACGUAUUUUAUCAUCUGUAUUGAAAAGUCCAUACAAUGGGAUAAAGAGCAAUGCCACACCGAGUGUCCCAGCCUUAGUGAAAAACCUCCUGGAAGAGGACCCUACGUUAACUUGUGAGAUGCUUCUGGGUGCCAUUGCUGAAGAGUAUGCUUCACAUAAUCAUGCCGAUAACCAUAUCAUUGUAAUAAAUCCAGCUGAUGAAACAGAGUUCCCUGGCAUUGGUAAUAAAGCAAGAGAACUACAAGCCUGGGACUGGCUAUAUGGUAAAACACCCAAGUUCAGCAUUAGCAAAUGCUUGAGCAUAGUAGAUGAACAAUCUUGCCUUGAUAUCAAAAUAAAUAUGGAUGUAAAGAAUGGCAAAAUCGAAACAUGCAAUAUCGAUGUUCCUCAGCACUGGCUGCCACAAGCAAUGUGUGAUAAACUGAAGGACAGCCUUAUUGGCAGCAAGUUCUGUCCUACUGAAACUACAACUGUGGUAAAUGCUUUGCUAAGAACAUGUGCAGAUUACAAAUUAUACAGCAAAUGGAAUCUCUUAUGUCAGAAAGUGCUAACACUCAUGUGACCACUGUAACAAAAAAACUUCUGAAUCACUGCUGUGCCAUUAACAAGCUUGCUCCUGUGGGUGUUUUUAAGGACUUAACUGAAGAGGCGUGUUGGUCAUUUAACAAAAAGAUUAAAUAUGAAUUUAAAUACA